GUAUAACUGUGUGUAUACUUUCUAGUAUCGUGUUUGACGUUUUAAUGGUAUUCAAAUUUUGCUGUUAGCAAAUGCAAUAAAUUGAAUAUCAACGGUCCAAAAUAUAUAACGGCUAUAGAAAUAUUAUUAAAUAAAUCAUGCUUGUUUUAGUAUUGGGAGAUUUGCACAUUCCACAUAGAUGUAGUAGCCUUCCAAGUAAAUUUAAGAAAUUAUUGGUGCCUGGUAGAAUACAGCAUAUUUUAUGUACAGGCAAUUUGUGUACAAAAGAAUCGUAUGAUUAUUUAAAAACAUUGGCUAGUGAUGUACACGUUGUUAGAGGAGAUUUUGACGAGAACUUAAAUUAUCCAGAACAAAAAGUUGUCACUGUUGGUCAAUUUAGAAUAGGAUUAUCACAUGGACAUCAAGUUGUACCUUGGGGAGAUCCAGAAUCGCUAGCCUCAAUUCAAAGACAGUUAGAUGUUGAUAUCUUAAUAUCAGGCCAUACACACAAAUUUGAGGCAUAUGAACAUGAAAAUAAAUUUUAUAUUAAUCCUGGCUCUGCAACAGGAGCAUAUAGCCCUCUUGAUACAUCAGUCAUCCCAUCUUUUGUUCUAAUGGAUAUUCAAAGUUCAACAGUAGUAACUUAUGUAUAUCAGCUUGUUGGCGAUGAAGUGAAAGUUGAAAGAAUUGAAUACAAAAAAAGUUAAAAUUGUAUAAAAAAUUCAAAAAUAUACAUACAUGUUACAUGAUAUGAUACAUAUAAUUGAUAUACAUAAAACUGAAUACUACUCUACCUCUAUGAUUCAUAUGAGGUUACAGGUGCAUUUGAAUUAGCAUUAGCACUUAUAUAAGAAUUUUAAUUGUAUGAUACGUUUAUUGUAAAUAAAAUUACAACAUCGGCUAUGAAUUUCAUUCAUACUUCAUUUAAUACUUUUUUGCAAUUUAGUUUAUAUAAUUAUAUGUUAUUUAUCAAAAAUGUUUAUUUUCCGUCGUUUAUUCAGUUACACGUAUGUAUACUUAAGGAUUCUGGUGUACCGCCGCCAAAAUGACAAUUUUAUUAUUGGUACAUAAAUAAAUGAAAAUCAGACGUCUAUAAUGUCGUUAUGUCGAUAAGAUAUAAUUUUGGUUUCUAUUGUCACUCAUAUUUGCAUAUUUCAAUAAAGUCAUCAUUGAAGUAGACAUAGUGUCUUAUUUAUCGUGAACACGUUAAUUAUCUUUCUUGCUAUU